GCUUUCGCUUCGAACAAAACUAUGGAAGUAUGAACUGAUAUAGUUAGUACAUCAACCGAUAGGGAGCGCCAACAAUAUUUGUAGUGGCAAUACCGAAGAUUUUUUUAUGCUGGCAUCCCUUUUCUCUAGAGUCGUUACAUGUUUCAUUUCACGCAGCUUUGUCGUUAAUAAAAGACAGAAAAUGAUAUCUAUUAAAUAGACAAUUUUGACUGUAAAAAUUAUUACAUUUAAAAAUUAUUAAAUUUUUUAAUAAAUAAAGUUAGUUAUUACUAUUUUUAAUAAUUACCUUAUAAUUUGAAUUUAAUGCAUGUUAACUUGUUACGUUUCGUUUCACUAGUGGUCAUUGUUAAAUGACACGUCUUGUCACUCGAUUUAAAAAAAAAUCAUUCGUUAUUCGUCUGUUGGAGAAAUUAGUGUGUUUUUAAUGCGUUUAUGUUUAAUUUUAUGCGACUAAGCUUUACCUGGACACCGACGGACCUGUUUUCUAUUGUUGACCCACGCUAUCUUUUUUGGACUCUGAUUCUCAUUUCGAUUUGGUUACUUUCGACGAUGCCGCUUGAUAGAAAAUGCUGUGUACCGAACUGCAGCAACACACGAUUGGAUGGAACAAUAUUACAUCGUUUUCCUAAUCCUGAAAAAGACCCCGACCGAUUUCGUACUUGGCUGUAUGCAAUUGGUGGAGAUAUAUUAGCACUGGACAACAAGACCAUUCAUAAAUAUGGAAGAAUAUGUCAUCAUCAUUUUCAAGCUCGAUUUCAUACUGCUAGCAAUAGACUAUGUGCCAAUGCAACACCAACCCUGAAUCUACCAGGAUUCUUAAUUAAACGUAGGGAACCCCAACAAGAAGUUGGCAACAUCAAUGUUGAAAUCAUAAGUCAGUCGGACAAAGCUGAAGACAUAAAUCAGAGCAAACCAUCAUCUUCUAACAUCGGUAGAAAGCCCCUGCAAGAAAUUGGCAACAUAAAUGUUGAAAUAGUUGGUCAAUCGGAUAAAGCUGAAGACAUAAAUCUGAGCAAUCCAUCAUCUUCUGAUAAUUUAUUCACAAAGAAGAAAUAUGGUAAAGAAAAAAUCCACCAGCCUGUCUUCAAAGGUACAUUAAUAGUUAAAUUACAAUAUCACACUUCACACUAAUAUUAUAAAGGCGAAAGUUUGUAUGUGUGUUUGUGUGUGUGUGUAUGUUUGUUACUCCU